CACAACGUGUCCUCCACACCUGACCAUGUUCCUCUUUGUUAGGUAACCAUCGCUUCUGCUAGAGAAACAGUAAAGGAGGAAAAGAAAGAAUGAAGGUGAAGACUGAAAGCACCAGGCUUCUGAAGCCGAGCUACCAGACCUCGACCCGUCCUCCGGCCGAUAUCGUAAUCCCACUUAGCCCCUUUGACGUGGUUAGCUUCGACACCCACGUAGCCACCUUGUAUGCCUACAGACCUCCCAACCCACCAAACAGCGUCAUCGAGCAAGGCCUGCGCAAGGCCCUAGCCGGGUACAGAGAGUUCGCCGGCCGGUUUGUCUCCGACGCCGCCGGCCGCCGCUGCAUCCUCCUCAACGACGAGGGCCUCCGCUUCAUCGAAAACAUCUCCGAUUACCCCCUCGGCUCCUUGGACAAGCCUUCUCCGGACUAUCUUGACCUCCACCCGCCCCUUACAGGCAUGGAGGAGUUGGCCCAGGUGCAGCUCACUAGGUUCGCCUGUGGCUCGCUCGUCGUGGGUUUCACGAGCCACCAUAUGGUCGCAGAUGGGUUCUCUGCCGGCCAUUUUCUUGUCGCUUGGGGCCGAGCAACGUGCGGCCUCUCCAUGCACCCUCUUCCGCUUCACGACCGCUCCAUCUUCAUACCUCGCAGCCCUUCCCGCUUCCAGUUCGAACACCGCGGUGUUGAGUACGCUGCCCGCCAUGAAAGCACCACCAAGCGUUCAGACUCUAAGGACGCCAUUAUAGUUCAGAAAGCACAAUUUCCUUCUAAGCUUAUAGCGAAGCUCAAGUCCAUGGCCUUUGCUGGCAGCCCUUACAGCAAGCCUUACAGCACCUUUGAGUGUAUUAUUGCUCACCUAUGGAGGAAGAUUACCAGAGCUAGAGGACUAGACGUGAAGGAGACGACCAAGAUCAGGAUAGCAGUGGACGGGCGCACCAGAAUGAACAACUCUCUCGUGCCCAUGAGGUACUUCGGCAACAUGGUGCUGUGGGCUUGGCCCGAGUCACGUGUGGAAGACCUCCUGGCCAAGCCCAUCGGACAUGCGGCCAGGCUCAUACACGAAGCAGCUGCUCGAGUCGAUGCCGACUACUUCAAGUCAUUCAUCGACUUCUCGAGCUCGAAAGAGAAGACGGAAGGUCUGAUGCCGAGCGCAGACGAGGGAAAGAUGGUGCUGAGCCCUGACCUGGAAGUGGACUCCUGGCUGAGAUUUCCUUUCUAUGACGUGGACUUUGGUUCAGGGCGUCCUCACCGAUUUAUGCCGUCAUAUUUGCCGGUAGAGGGGCUGCUGAUCCUCGUGCCUUCUUUCUCCGGCAAUGGAGAUGUCGAUGCCUUCGUUCCUCUGUUUGAGAAGGACUUGGACUCAUUCAAAAAUGACUUCUAUUCGCUGGACUAGGGAUUACAAGUCUCCCGUCUUUUUUCUCUUCUUUCUUUACAAGGAAUGUUGUAUAAAUGCAUGCAGAUGAUAAGUAGUUGAAGUAUGUUAGAAUGUGUAUGAUCUGCUUGAAUAUUGCAGUCACAAUAAUGUAAUUACUUAGUAUGGUUAAUCUAAUU